GGCCGGCGUGCGAGGCUGACGAGGAGUUUAAAUUCGUGAUUUUCUUUUUGAAUUUUCUGGUGAAUUGGCCUCUAUUUCGUGGAUUUUUGCAAGUUUUUUAAGUCGCCGGGAUGAAGCUCGAGGCUCUCUUUACCACAGAGAUUUUGCUGUGGCGCUAUGUGCGGACAUUGGCAUGUCUGUUGCUCCUGCAGUUCUUCCCUGUAUCACUUUGCAGCAUUUACCACACAGUUGUAGCACAGAGAGUGUUCAACCCACUCAUCGUUUCCUACAACCUUUUGUCAUGUUUUUCACCCUCAAAACUUAUCCAUUGGGCUAUCCUGGCUCUGAGUUUUGUGUUGCUGGCCAGAGUUCACAUCAAGUGUUAUACAGUAAGCUCCUGGGUGCCACAGAACCGCUUGGAGAGAUGUAAAAGACUACUCUCACCAACAGUGCUGUUCAGAUUAGCACUGGUCAUGAUUGCCUGCGCACUACUCGCCAACUUUUACACUUCUUUGGCCCAUCCUGACUUCAUGAUCCUCAUGUUGUGUAGGCCAGGGACUAACAUGUGUACCAAACACAUGUCUGUAAUCACUUUUAUGAGUACUUAUGUUGGUCUUUGCUAUGGCUACAAGUACUUCAUGCAAAAUGGUAAUUUACUGACCAUAGCCCCAGCACACCCUAGGAAGCUACAGCUAAUUAAAGCCAAGAUGAACAUGCGAAGUGUUAAGGAAGCAUGUACCAUGUAUGGAGCCAGCAAGUUCUCAUUUUUGCUUGCAAUUUGCUUUUACAUGGCUGCUGGCAUUGUAACCAGUUUCUUCAGCGAGGGCAGCGACUGGAAGGAGUGGCUGGUGAUUGUCGACCUGCCACUGAUGAUAUUAACGGCAACUGUGACAGGAUUGGUGGCAGUGACUCUUGCUCUGUUUUCGCAAAUUUUUCGGAUUUUUGUCACGGAGCCAAUCCAGAUUCCACUGGCUACAGGAGAAGAUCUCAACAACACAGAAUCAGACGGAGAUUCUUGGAGGUUGUGCCAUGCGCUGAGCUCCUCUGGACUCCUCCAGCUCUUGGCCUUUUGGGACCUGAAGUUGCUAGCGUCCUCAGAUCCUAGGGUUUUCGUGAGGCGUUCGCAAGUCUUUGCUAUCAGUCAGCCAGGUGGACAUCCACGUAACUGGCUGGGCAUCAUGAACCCAUCCCUGAACCUCAUCCGUAAGUUUACUGAGCGUUUAAGAAGACAGAACUGCCCUGAGGAUAUGCCCCCGCCCCCUAAGCCAGUGGAUCCCACUUCUGCCCCAACAGAUGUCAACAAAAAUGAGGUUGCCAAACCUUCUUCUCCGCCUCUGAAGGAAAGAAUCAUAGAGAUGCUAAAGGGCCUGAAGAAAUAUCCAUUCUUUGGGUACUUUUUAAGCGAGCUUCCAGAUGCUGCCUAUCGCAGUAUUUUUGCAGAGGCAUUACCAGUUAUUUGGGCUGUACAGGCAUUUGGAGACUUGAUUGCAGCAUCAUUCAAAGAGGACAAGUAUGGUGUGGUGCAGCGCAACAUUCCAGACAUUUUGAUGGCUUUCAUUCACUUACAAAAGGUGGUAGAUAGUCCAAGCAGAGGAACCAUGGGACGAAGAGCAGGUGCUGGAGAGACUUUGCCAGUUGAGUUGCAGCUGAGAAAGGCUCUGAGGUCCACCUUAAGGUCUGCCUUGUACACAGUGACAACCACUUUUGGCUCUACAGUGCUAGAGUUGCAGGUAUCUGCUGAGUGCCAGAGUAAGUUACAGUCUUACUUGGAUUUUAAAGAAGGAUGAACUAUGAAGUGAUCUCGUCUUGGAUAACUGUCAGCGAAACCCACACCAAAGGAUGUAGUAGAAGUGCAGAGGCAGGAGUCUACUUGAAACUGUGAAAGGGUUGAAAUUUGUGUAACUUAUUUUCUGAAUUGAAUCCUGUGUUCCUAAAAAUGAAGCAUUAUAUGGACCCACGUACGACUUGGCUUGAUUUGCUUGUUGGGUUGCGUAAAUGCAUAAAUGUAUUUGUAUGUGAUUUAGCAUCGUUAUCUGCUGUAAUUGGAAGUGUUGCAACAGAUUAUGUGCUGCUUUGGGAUAUCUUUUUGUGUUUAACAAUAAUGUUGGAUCUAUUUAUAAGGAAUGUGAUAUGUUUGAUCUUUUUCUUAUUGUAGACAAAUAGAUCCUUUUAAGUUAUGAUGUGCCAUGUGUACUGAGCUGGUUUUACAGCAUAUUAAAAGUGAAUUGUUUAGAUUUCCCUUAUGUUUCUGUAUAAGAUUUUGAAAAGGAAAUGCAUUAGUCUAUUUGGAAAUAUUAAAAACCAGUGAAGUUAGGUUUUAGAAUUAAUAUUUUUGUCCAUGGCAUAAAGAACAAAGGGAGAUGAAGUAUAGGUAUUUCUCAAUAUUCUUUCACCAUACAUGUAUCUUCUUUGUACAUAACAGUGGCUUAGGUUUGUAUUUUUUCCACUUGAAAAAUAAAAUAAUCUUUGUA